AUGAGGCUCCACUUAGCAGUGCUUCUUUUCGCUCGGCUGACGUCGUCGAUGUUAUCUGCUAACCGUAACGCCGCAGAAUCCCUGGAGCCAGUCAAGAGCGAAGGAGCAUCGCAGAAGGAUGUAACCCCGCCAGUCGAUCAACAAGCUGCGACUUCCGAGCCGAGAGACGUCCCACUUGGAUCUACCACCGUUGAAGUGCAGCGAGAUGCUUCGUCUGAGACCCGAGUUUACACGGUCUGGGCAAGCGACGUCCACAACGAAGCCCAGGUCAAUGAGACGCGCACUUGGCUCAAGAGCCUUGUCAAAGACAAAGACAGGAUGCGUGACCAGCUGGGAUGGACCUGGGACACCUACGAAGAUUUCCCCAGAGAAGAGUGGGACAGGCUGGCCGAUGAAGGCAGGUUAGAAGAGGAGUUUGACAAUUACGAAGUGGUGCGUUGCUGGUCAGGCGUGGUCUUGGACCAGGCUGGAUACGAGAAGGUCGCAGCCAAAACGGAAUGGAUAGAGGCAAUUGAAGCUAGCCUACACACUUCGGACAUGAACGCACGUGCACUCCCGACAAAGACAUAUACCGUCUACGCAGCCGACAUCAGGAACGAGGCCCAAGUCAACGAAACUCGGGUUUGGCUUGAGGGUUUGACCAAGGACAAGUCUAAGAUGCGCGAGGAGAAGAGGUUUCCCUGGGAUGAGCCCGAAGACAUACCAGAAGACGAACUCGACAGAUUGUACGACGAGGGCAGGCUCGACGCCGAGCUUGACAAUUACGAAGUAGUUCACGCGUGGGGAGGCGUUAUACUAGACCAGUCAGGGUACGACGAGGUGAUGGCCAAGAAGGAAUGGGUGGAGCAUGUCGAAGAUCCGAGUCAAUACCACGAAGUGAAGAUGAUUGCUGUCCCCAGAAUGAGUAGCAAGACCACGGGAACUCUGGAAGCUCGGAAAUUCGAAUGGGGAGAUUGGCAGAAGCAGGAGGGUGCAGCGCGGGACUUGGUCCAAGCCAGCUGUUACGAGUAA